AUAAAUAUGCCAGUUUAAAAGAUUCACGACGAUGGCUAUGAAUGAAUAUGUCAUUACAACAAAUGUCAGUAAUACAUAAAAAAUCUGCUAUCUGUCACCGUUGUCAAAAAGAUUUUUGUGCGUUAAACUUAUUGUAGUGAGGUGUUCUGUGAUUUUCUCGGUAGGUGAACAAUUUAUUGUUGGAUUUGCGUAAUUUACGGCGUAAUCACAAUCAUGUCGAUAACGAAAAUACCACCGAUCACUAUGAGCAAACUGUACGUAGGGAAUUUGCCCACGGAAACAAACGAGAAUGCCCUUCGACAACUGUUCCUCGAACAAAACCUCUCCUGCACCAACAUCCUAAUCAAAAGGGGUGGUUACGCCUUUGUCGACUGUCCCGAUCAAUCUUCUGCAGAUAAAGCUAUUGAUAAAUUGAAUGGUUUUAACUUCCAUGGUUCCCCAUUAGUUGUCGAGCCUUCAGUAGCAUCUGGUAAAAGGAGGAGUUUUCCUGAUACGCCGCCGAUGCAAGUGGGAAAUGUCUGGAUCCAAACGACAAAGAUCAUAAUAUCAAACCUGGGUCCACAGAUCAAAUUCGAAGACAUUGAAUCACUGCUGACUCAGCAUGGCCGCGUCAUUCAAUGUGAUAAACUUACUUCUAAGGACCCCAGCACGCAAGUGGUGCAAAUCACAUACGAAACACCAGAACAAGCACAACAAGCUGUAACACAACUAAAUGGCAUCGAAGUGGAGGGCAAGGCGCUCAAGGUGGAUUUGGCCAUCGAGAAGAGGUCCCGGCGGGGGCCCCGAGGUCCGGGAGCUCCCUUUGGGGGCCUUCCUGGACAGAGCCGACAGACCGACUUUCCUCUCAGGAUACUUGUGCAAAGCGAUAUGGUAGGAGCUAUUAUUGGACGACAGGGUUCUACAAUCCGGCAGAUAACACAGCAAACUAGAGCGCGAGUGGACGUUCAUCGAAAAGACAACGUGGGGUCUCUGGAGAAAGCCAUCACAAUUUAUGGCAACCCUGAAAAUUGUACGAAUGCUUGCAAAAAGAUACUAGAAGUUAUGCAACAGGAAGCUAACAAUACGAAUAAAGCGGAAAUAUCACUGAAAAUAUUGGCGCACAACAAUUUAAUCGGACGAAUAAUUGGCAAAGGCGGAAACACAAUCAAGCGUAUUAUGCAGGAAACUGAAACCAAGAUUACUGUAUCCAGCAUAAAUGAUAUCAGUUCGUUUAAUCUAGAAAGAAUUAUAACGGUAAAAGGUUCAAUUGAUAACAUGAGCAAGGCAGAAGCGCAGAUCAGUGCGAAACUGAGACAGAGCUACGAGAACGAUUUGCAAGCGAUGGCCCCCCAGACAAUGAUGUUCCCAGGUUUGCACCCUAUGGCAAUGAUGGCUACUGCAGGAAUCGGCUAUGGCACUAGAGGUUUAUACGCUAGUCAGGCACCAUAUCCAGGCAUGUAUCCAGCUGCUGGGCCUUCUCAAGCAUCAGGAGACGUCCAAGAAGUAACUUAUUUGUACAUUCCAAACAAUGCAGUUGGGGCUAUUAUUGGCACUAAGGGAUCCCACAUUAGAAAUAUUAUUCGUUUUUCUGGAGCUUCAGUUAAAAUAUCUCCAAUAGAUGAAACAAAACCUCAAGAUGCCCCUAAUGAGAGAAGAGUUAGUAUUGUUGGAUCACCUGAAGCCCAAUGGAAGGCUCAGUACUUGAUUUUUGAAAAGAUGAGGGAGGAAGGAUUUGUAGCUGGUUCCGAUGACGUUAGAUUAACAGUUGAGCUCAUGGUGCCGAGUUCUCAAGUGGGACGUAUUAUCGGUAAAGGGGGUCAGAAUGUACGCGAGCUACAGCGUGUGACUGGUAGCGUGAUCAAACUGCCAGAACAAGGUGCCUCGCCCCAAGGGGAUGAUACCACUGUACAUAUCAUUGGUCCCUUCUUUAGUGUUCAAUCAGCACAACGACGAAUCCGCGCCAUGGUACUGCAAGCUUUAAUGCCUCCAGCUGGAAGACCGCGCCAGUCAAAGCAGCCGAAGGACUCAAGCCAGCCGCCAUCCGAGGGAGGGGGUCCUUCAUCUGAGCAACAGUAGAUACCAGCUAUCUACAUUCACUGCCUUGUGCAUAAGUUAUGCAUACCUUAUUGUACACAAGCAUCUCGAGGCCUUCCACUUUCGCAAUAUAUCCGGUUCCAGGCCCGGCCUGAUUUGUUUUCCAUAAUAUUCAGAGUUCGCUGUUGUUUUUAUAAUUAUCGUUUCCGUUGCCUUAAGAUAAGUAUUACAGAUGUGCUUCAUUAUUAUAUUUAUAGUUCAUCUAAAAGUGGAACGUGUAGAGAAUCGUCUGGAAUAUGGUAUGAUAACUCCGUGCCCACAUUACAAUCUACCUCAAGAAAUCAAAAUAUAUUAGAUUUAUAGCCUUAGAAAUUUCCGUUAUUUACACCGCAACCAACCAUAGCCAUUUCAGAUUUUUUUCUUUAAUGAACCAUAUAUAAAAUAUACCUGAUCACAAGGACUACCAAAGAAGCAACCGACCUACAACACAUAACUCAGGCUACAAAAUUGCAGGAAAAGCCUGUUAUCCAACUGAAUUUUGACGCAAACCUAACAAGCUUUGGAUUUUCCGAUUCGACAAAAAUGCAACAAGGAUGUCACCAUACAAAUAAAAUUCUGGACGAGCAGCACCAAAUCGAAAGGCGCUAAAGUUCCUUUGAAACUGUUAGUGUGGGAUGCAGGCUGAAAUAGACUUUAACUGACGUCGGAUGUGUCGGUUGCCCCGCAUCCCUCGCUCACGCUUAACGUGGCUGUUAUUUUUCUUUUUUUAAAUGUGUGAAUGUGAAAAAGUUUGAAAUUUACCGUCUGGUUAAAAGUUAGUGUUCGUGAUAGAUUAUUGUGCGUUCGUCGGGACAUUUAGCGAUGUGGCACCUCAAAAUAAGCCAAAGGGGUAUACGCUUAAUAAGUCUAAGAGGUGUGAACGUCCAAUAAUGUUAUCGGGAUACGUUAGUUAAAAGGACUCUAAAACGGCGUGAAUGAAACAGACUUUUUUUAACUUUAAUUAUAUUGUUAGGUGAUUGUUAAAUCGAUAUUGUGGAUUGGGCGAGGCCAGGGCGACUUCCUAUAUUAUUAUUUGUUAGGAGAUGGAGUCGCUCUGGGCUGGCCGUCGAUAUUGUUGCAGAAAUGAUUUACCAGAUAAGACAGUAAGGCAGUUUACCUUACUCGGCGACGUGGUGCCUUGUGUCAAGGCCAGUCGCGACCCUAAUAGUACAAACUCAAGAGGGAUAGUCGGUCCACGUGGGACCUCUCCUCGGCCCAUAGCGAGGGCCUGGCUAAUUAAAAAUAUAAUAUUUUUGAUAAAAAAAUUGUUUGUUGGGGAGGAUAUUUUUUGUUAGGAAAAAAUUAUAAAUAUAGCGGGGUCGCUAUUUUUAAAAUUGUGAAAAAAAUGGAUAUAUUAAAAGUAUUUAUUAAAUUUUUAUGUAUAAAAGAAAUUUUAAAUUAUUUGUACAGAUUUAUAAACUGUGCCAAAGUGCAAGAAUGUUACCAGAGAGCUGCUUUUAUUUAUGAAAAAAAAUUAUAUAUAUAAGAUAUAUUCGAGGGUACAUGUAUUUAUUCCUGCAGUAAAGAUAUUUCGAGCACUUUCCCAGUUAUAUUCGGGAUUUUUAAUAACAAUUCGGGCAUUUAAUUAAAAUAUCACAACAAAAUUCAAUAAUCUAAAUGGUUUUUAGAACAAAUUAAUAAUUCAAUCCAUUUAUUUCACACACACCAUCCUAAACAUCAACCGAUCGACAAAAAUACGACUUUCUGGCCAUUGGAAUUUUUCAAAUUAAGGAAACACAGUUUUCCUCAUUCCAGACCCCCCAAGAGACCCAAAUUCAGCCUAAUAUGGGUAGUUUCCACAGCGUAGCCACCCAACUUGAUUCAAGUAUUGUUCUAGUUCUUGCUGUUUAACUCAGCAAAUCUGUAUUCAUGGAAAGCUUACUAUCCAUUUUUUGACUUUCAAGAAUGGUAGAAUAGUUUUUGCUUGCUUAAUAUUGAAUCAGUUUACACCAUCACACAUUCUGCCAACAUUGGAGAUGAGGAAAUAUUACCUAAUCGCAGAUUUUUACAAUUCAACUAGUUACUACAUUGAUUGAUGCUAUUACAGAAAAGCGGCAAUGACCACACAACAUUAACCUACAAAUCAUCUUACUGAUUUAUGAAUGGAAUUAAACACUGCAAUAUUUAUUUUACAGCAUACACUAAUUAAUAUUUUAUCGAGUAAAAUAUUACAAAGAAUCACAAAAAUAUAAAAUUUUGAGACAGUGCAUAUUGAGAUGACAUGAAAAUAUCAACAUGAAAUAUUGAAGUUGUUUUACCAUUUCAAUCGGUUUUCAAAUUACAGUUUAAUAUGGGUAUCAAAAUAGUGCCUAAUUAAAAGUUAUUGAUGGUUAAUUUUGACCACAAUAUUCAUAGAUUUGAUCAAUUGUUUAAGUCACCCUGAUUAACAGAAAUAGGUUAAAAAUAAAGGGAUCAAAUUUAUCCAUCAAAAGAUAUGAUUGUCUAGGUGAAAAACACAUCAACAUUCAACACAUUUAAUAGUGAUAUAUUGUUUUGUAUCACUUUCAUGUUUGUACACUUCUGUACAACUGCAUACAUAGUACAAUUUUUUUUCAAAACGUUGUAAUAUUUAACAAUGAUUUUAUUACUUGUAAAAGCUAUUAUUUAUAAAAAGUUUCAAUGUCAAAAAAAUAAAAUAGUAUAGCUUUUUCUUACUUUGUUUUCUGAAUCAGUUUCAAUUUCUUUUUGUUAUGACUGUUUUUUCCUAAUAUAAUUAGUUUUAUUUCCAUAUGGAACUAAUCAAUUUAAGGAAACAACAGAAAUUAUACUUUAAAAACCAACCAUUUAAUCGUAUGUAUAGGACGUAUAAUAGAUAUUUCCUCAAUAGAAGUAAAAUUAUAGUUUUUGUCGUUUUUUAUUUAAUUUUCAAGUAUCUUUGAUUCACUAUAGUUGUAGCACAUAUUAAUUUACUAUACGCUGGAAGGAGACUGAUUGUGCAAACCAGCCCGCCGUAGAUUUAGUAAUCCUUAGACCGGAUAGUUACAAAAUGUAUAAAGUUGUGUCCACAUUAGUGUAAAACAGAUAAAAUCAAUUGAAUCGCCAUUUAUUUAUCUGCUUUAUCUUUUAUACUUAAACCUCCUAUUUUUAGGUAACAUUUUGAAGAUUUUUGGAAAAAUAUCGUCUGCAACUUAAUUGGUGGUAUAUUUAUUAUUGUAGCGAUACGAAUAUGAAAAAUCUAUUUUAUUAUAUACUAUUUGAAUAAUUAUCUUCUAUAAUUUAUUCCAUUUAAUAAUUCAAUUUAACAUAUUUAAACCAUUUCUAUUCUCUCAGCUUAAUGAUUUGCUAUUUCAGAAUUAUAUGGUUAGAUCGAAUAAAAAUAAAAAUUUUGCAGUUACAAGAUUUUUAGUUGCUGACGAUAUUUAAUUCUCUCUAAUUUUAUUUAAAAUUAUAUAUUUUAAAAAUCACAAUUUUUGUGUCUUGAACCCUUUUAUCUUCAUCAAUGAAUGAACCUCUUUUAUCUUCAUCAAUGCUUCCGAUAAGGUUUUACCCUGUUUAUUAUUAAUGGUGGAGACAAUUUAACAUUGAAAGUAAUUUAAACUUUACCAGGGAAGUAUUGUAAACUAUCCAUCGGUCUAAGUAGUAAACUACCUCAGUAAUUAUAUAUUUCUAUAAAACAUAAUUUUGUUGUUCAUGUUUUACUUGGGUAUCAAUAUAUAAGUUAAUAUUUUUUCUGGUGAAUACUAUUUGUAUUAUAUUUACCGUUUAUACUAGUAAUAGUCGGUAUAUUUUGAUGUAGUGUGCCAUUGUUUUUAUUGGAACAAAAACAUUGUUGUAAUUAUAUUUUCAGUUUUAUCAAGAUUUAAGAUGUAAUUUGAUAAUUGUUCUUAUGAUAAUAUGCCUAAGAGUUAUUUGCAUACAGUCCUCAAUGUGUCACAUUUAAUUUUGCUUGAUAAAACUGUUAUGUUCUUAAUAUACUAUAUGUUAAAUGUUCAUAGAAAAUUUCGCUUUGUACACUGGGAAUUGUUAUUUACUUAAUGGUGCUUUUUGGUAACAUGAUUUGUUGCCAUUCAAUUCUUCAGUGAAACUUGCGAACUUAUUAAGAUACCGAACAUCAACAUCUACCAUGCCUAUGCAAUAGAUAUUUCUCAGGUAUAACUCAGGUUGUUUUAUAAUAUACAGAUGAAUAUAUCAAUUAUUAUUAAUUCCUGACAAUACAAUACGUCAGAUUCAAAUUGUUACACAAUUCUUAUUUUUCAUACCAGAAUAUGUUUGUGUAGAUGAUGAUGAAACACAUACAGUUAAAUAGUAAUUAAUAUUUUAUAUAUAAUUAAUUUCUAAUAUUUUUAGUGUUAAUAAUGGCAUACAAUUCAGGCUAUUUUUGUUCCAACUCCAUUCACUUAAGUUAAAAUAAAUAGUGUUCCCUUAA